CGGAGCUGAAGUUGCGAAACGAGAAAACUGGAUUGUAAAGUUGCCGUCGUCCAGAGAGGACUGCGUGUCGCACCUUGAGACGGGACUUGCUGAAGUUGCAGAGUACUAAAUGACAAGGAGGCAAGCGCGGCAGAAACUCUAAGCGAUAGACGGGGGGCACCAUGGAGAGCAAGGGAGCAAGCCGCUGCAAAAUAGUGGUCGUCGGCGAUACGCAAUGUGGCAAAACGGCGCUCCUUCACGUAUUUGCUAAAGACUCGUACCCAGAGAAUUAUGCCCCCACGGUUUUUGAGAACUACACGGCCAGUUUCGAGAUCGACAAGCAGAGGAUCGAGCUGAACAUGUGGGACACCUCAGGUUCGGCCUACUACGACAACGUGCGGCCUUUAGCCUACCCAGAUUCGGAUGCUGUGCUCAUCUGCUUUGACAUCAGCCGUCCGGAGACGCUGGACAGUGUGGUGAAAAAGUGGCAGGGCGAGACCCAGGAAUUUUGUCCAAAUGCCAAAGUGGUGCUGGUUGGCUGCAAGCUGGACAUGAGGACGGACCUCAACGUGCUGAGGGAGCUGUCCAAACUAAGACUCAUUCCUGUCACACAUGAGCAGGGCACUAACUUGGCGAGGCAGAUCGGAGCGGUGGCCUACGCCGAGUGCACCUCCAAGUAUUCAGAGAACAGCGUCCGUGACGUUUUCCACGUCACCACCUUGGCGUCUGUCACCCACAUCCAUCGCCCCCAGCUCAAACGUACCGGCUCGCGACGUGGCCUCAAACGGGUCUCCCAGCAGCCGCCCCGGACUGAGCUUCAUGAGCACCCGCCGCCCAUUAGAAAGGACCGGGCUAAAAGCUGCGUGCUAAUGUAGCGAUGGAGAACACCCACAACCCAAGUGGAUGCGCAGACGGAGAUGUACAACGCUACAACAUGAACUUUAUUUAUUGGUCAGUCCUUGUCAAUUCUUUGCACUGCAUAAAAAGGACAAUGUGACAAACAAAAAAAAACAACAACAAAGAAUGGUAUGCUACCGAGUCGUUGGGGAGUCAUCGGCAAUGCUUUCAUUGUUAUCUUUCAUUGUUGCCCGUUAUUUUGCAAUUGAGGGCUUUCCAUUGUCGUGGCGAUGGCUACUUUCUCGAACCCAUUGAACGCCGGUAAAGGGACAUGACAUGGCCUUGGAUGCAAAGUGGGUUGUGCCCGCCAAUGAAACAAGUCAAAGUGAAUGUGCGAAAUAGAGAACCAAGUAUAUAUAUGUUUAUUUGAGAGAUUACGGGGUGUCUUAAAAGGAACCACUCCGAACAUAAACUGGCCUUUGACCUCUUUUAUCUCGUCCCGAAACGCCCUAUUCUCUCUCAAAAUGUCAAAACAAAGCACAAUGUGAUGCACACAAACUGUUAAGAGUCAUCAGUUAAUGUCAGGGAAUGAUUUGGUUGUUCCACUUAAUGAGUUUAAAAGAAAGCUGUCAAGUGCAGAGAGAACAUAUAUACAUAUAGUGGGCCGAGAUGACACUAAUUUUCUAAAACCACAAGUGCUUUUGAGAUGGAGAAUUGAAUAAUCACUCACCACAUAAUGCUGAAGUGUUGGGAAAUUAAUAUUGUUCUGAUUAACUACGUUGGACCUAAAGGCACGGAGGGACAAAAAGGAGUAACUGUUACGCUGUAUAUGUGACGCUGAAAUAAAAGUA